AUGAGUCUGGAUGAUAUUGAUGCCUUUCGUGCCGAGCUUCUUCGACAGAAAAUAAUUUUUGAGGCGGAACUUCGCCGGCAGCGCGAAACAUUUGAGGAGCGGUUGUCGCGGCUGUCGCAGGAGUUGGCCGAUAGGGAGGCCGACUGUCGCAAUCUUCAGGCCGUUGUGACGAUUUUAGGGAAAAAAGUGGAGAAUCUGAUGGACAGGCACAUGGCAACGCCGCAUCGCCGCUCUUCCCCGGCCCGGCCAGCGUCCAGCUCCGCCGUGUCUGGGCAGCAGGGAUUGCCCACUCGCAUUUCUAGUUCGUCCACGCGUCAGUCGUCUCCAUUCCGACGUAACAACAAUUUUUCUGCUCCCGCAUCCGGGGCGCCCGUCUCGACCUUCCAUGCGCCAAGCCUCAGCAGCCUGGGAAGCUGUCAGAACAGUCCGGCGCGCAUCUCCAACGGUCGGCGGCCGAAACUCGGGAAUGAAGGCGUACCCGACCACCAUCCCCGUAGAGUCGGUGGCACGCGUCUUUAA